UGCUAUUCUUACCACAUUAAUAUACCACAUUAGUAUACCACAUUAUGUGGCAUCUGAUGUGGCUGUCCACAUCAUCAAAUUAAUCAUAAUUUAAUUUAAAUUAAAAUCUAUUUAAUAAACUAAUAAUAAAUAAAAAAUCUGAAAUUAAAUGGUAUUUGUGGCAUACGAGGAGUCUCCUCUCCUCUCCUCUCCUCUCAUUCCUUCCCCGAUGCUUCUUCUUCCGUUUCUUCUUCCAUGCCAUUUUUUUGUUUUAGCCCAGAUUUUGUUCAGCAGCCUCGCCAUUGAUGGAAGCAGAUCUUUUUGUUUCAGUUCUCAAACCAUUGAGGUACAGGACCUAAGUAACUAGUCUAGCUUAUUGCAAACCCAACUUUCCAAAAUAAAAAAGAGACUAAGGUGAAUUCCUGAAAAUUUGUUCAUAGAAAAAUGACACUGGGGGUUGAAGAAGAACCCGAAAAUUUGGAGGACACUAACCACGUGAUGAUUAUUAGCAACCCCAUAUAUGAAGGUAAUUAUUUUUAUUAUUUAUUGGCAUUCAGGUUCUACUUAUCUGUUAAUUUGAUUCAAGAAAUUGGAGUUUUAGUUUCAUUUUUCUUUUAUGAAAAGCUUGGAAAAUUUGUAUAUACCAUUUACUGGAGGUUUGUAAUUCUUAGAUUAAUAGAGUAAACAAAACGGUUUGAAUGAAACCCACUCGAUAUAAAUGUAUAUACCCCAUGCAUACAAACAAGCACAUACAUAUUUUUAUAGCUCUAAAAUCUUCAACGAAGUGGGAUAUAACUUUUAAAAACUUUUAAGAAGUGCAAUAUUUAUAAAUUUGUAAGCAAUUGAGAUUUCCUUUUUUUGUUUUUUUUUUUUUUUGCUACUCGGUCAUAUUGUCAUCUUGUUGUGCAUCUCUUUCAAAAUCUUGAUAUCUAAUUAUCUGAUCUUUGUGUUCCAUUGCCUGUGUUUAAAUUCUUCUUUUCAUUGAAAUUUCUACUGCAUAAUAAUUUUAAGCAAGUUACAUUUUUUCUAUGUCUUAUGAGAUGUUAGUCUAUACCUAUAGGCUAUUAAUAUAGCUUGUCCAAUGCCCUCCCCAGUGAUUGUCAACAAAGAGGUUCCAUGAAUUAUGUAUUUGCCUCAUACAAACUUCUCCUCAUUUUAUUUUUCCGCAUGGAAACUUUUUGUUUCAGCUACUCUCUUUGCUCGAUUCGGUGCACCGUCGAACUCCUACGACAAGGACUUUUCACUUUCCAGUCUUUGUAUAAUUUAAUUUUUCUAUCUAAAAUGCUUAAUUUUGUUGUGGGGUUUGUUUUCUCAGCCAUUGCAGUGCAUACACUAGAAUUGAGAGACUUGCACAUAUGGCUAAUGUAUUUACAUUGAUAGUAUGGUGUAAUAUAUAAACUUGUAUAAUUAUGUUUUAUGUUUUAGGAACAGGGAGUUCUUCUAAUGAAUUUACUGAAGAAGAUGAUGUAGUUGAAGUGAGCUCUUGUAAUGAAACAGAAAGUGAUGGGGUUCAUACAAUAGAAACUUCUAAUGAAAGUAUUGAAGAAGAUGAUGCAAUUGAAGCAACUUCUGAUGCCACUGAAGCGGAAAGCAAUGGGGUUCAUGCAGUUGAAAAUAAUGGGACUAACAUGGAGAACAAAAUGAAUGUGGAAGAAAAGGUCCAAGAGCCUCAAGUUGGAAUGAUCUUUGACAACGCGGAUCAAGUGGCUACAUAUUACAAGGAAUAUGGGAGACAAUCAGGAUUUCCAGUGAUAAAGAGAUCAUCAACGAAGGGAGAUGAUGGAGAAUUGAGGUAUAUUACUAUGUGUUGCGCUCGAUCAGGUACAUCAAAAAGUAAUUCAAGUAAUCCUCUUAAGCCAUAUCCAAGUAUAAAGAAUGAUUGCAAGGCUCAGCUAAGGGCAGGUUUAUACUUGGGUGAGAAAUGGCGAGUGAAUUCUGUAAAGCUUGAUCAUAAUCAUGGGUUGAGUCCAACAAAAACUCGUUAUUGGAAGUGUUUUCGGGAAGUUAGUUCUUCUGUAAAAAAGAAGCUUGAAGUGAAUGAUAAAGCCGGAAUAAGGGUCAACAAAAGUUAUAAUUCAGUGGUGGUUGAAGUUGGGGGGCAUGAGAAUAUGAAGUGUUUAGAAAAAGAUUGUAGAAAUUAUAUUGAAAAGGUGAAGCGCUUACGACUUGGAGAAGGGGAUGCCACUGCAGUUCAAAACUACUUUGUAAGCAUGCAAGCUCAGAAUGCAAAUUUCUUCUAUGCAAUUGAUUUAGACAAAAAUGGUCGUUUAAGAAAUGUAUUUUGGGCAGAUGCAAGGAGUAGGGCAUUGUAUGAAGAAUUCGGUGAUGUUGUAACAUUUGACACAACGUACUUGACUAAUAAGUACGAUAUGCCAUUUGCUCCAUUUGUAGGAGUUAAUCAUCACGGGCAAUCAAUUUUAUUGGGAUGUGGAUUGAUUUCAAGGGAAGAUACUGAUUCCUUUAUUUGGUUGUUUAAGACCUGGCUUGCUUGUAUGUCUGGUCAUGCUCCAAGUGGAAUAAUUACAGAUCAAGACAAAGCUAUGAAAAAAGCGAUUGAAGUUGUUUUUCCUAAUACUCGACAUCGGUUGUGCUUGUGGCAUAUAAUGAAAAAGGUUCCUAAUAAGCUCAAAAGUUAUAAGGAAUAUGAGUCUAUGAGCUCUUCGUUAAACAGCAUUGUUUAUGACUCAAUGACUUCUGAAGAUUUUGAAGAACGUUGGGCUGAGAUGAUUGAAAAAUAUAAGGUUUCAGUUGAAACUGAUAAUGCAAUUUUGGAGUACCAAAUAGCUGAGCGUAUUCUGAUCAAGGAGAACAAAAAGAAGACUGUCAUUUUCAAGGUCCAGUUUAACGAACGUGAGAUUGAAGUUAAUUGCAAUUGCUGCAAGUUUGAGUUUAGAGAGAUCUGA